AGAUGGCGCAUGUCAAGACCCGAGUCGACGGCCGACUACACAGGCGUGCUGAUCCCUCUCGACCGGGCCCAUCUGCACAGCCACUCUGCGAGGUGCGGGCAGGUAGAGUACGAGGAGGACAGGCGUGUUGGUAGUGCUGGUAGUGGUGUUGGAAGAGGAAGAGGAGGAGGAAGACGGGAUGAGGGUGCAGCUAUGCUGGAGAUGAGCGCGGCAGAGUAUAGCAUCGAGGGUUUGAGGAGGGAAGUGAGGAGGGAAAUGAAGCGGACGGGAGGGGGAAUAAGGUCAGCAUAUGAGAUGAAGUCGAUGAUCAUCAACAAGGCUGUUCAGGAUAUCGGGAUGGGGAGAUAUAACUGGCAGCUGUUUGUAUUGUGUGGAUUUGGAUGGUUUGCAGACAACCUCUGGAUGCAAGGCGUCUCUCUCAUCCUCCCCUCCCUCUCGGCCGAGUUCUCCGUCUCCGAGAAGCAGGUCCGCUACACAACAUCAUGGGUUUAUCUCGGCCUCUGCCUGGGCGCCUUCACCUGGGGCCUCGGGUCUGACAUCCUGGGCCGCCGCAUCGCCUUCAACGCCACCCUCCUCAUCACCGCCGUCUUCGGCCUCCUCGUGUCCCUCGCCCCCUCCUGGCCCGCCGUGUGUUUCCUCCUGUCCCUCCUCGGUUUCGGCGUCGGCGGCAACCUCCCCGUCGACGGCGCCCUCUUUCUCGAGUUUCUCCCGGACGCCUCAAGCAGCCUGCUCACCCUGCUCAGCGUCUGGUGGCCCGUCGGCCAGCUCGCCAGCUCCAUCCUGGCCUGGUUUUUCAUCGGCAGCUGGCCUGCCGACCAGGGCUGGCGCCGCUUCGUCCUGUCCAUCGGCCUCAUUACCUUGACCAUGUUUGCCCUCCGAUUUUUCGUCUUUCGCCUGCUCGAGAGCCCCAAGUACCUCUUGUCGCGCGGCCGCCAGCCUGAGGCUGUUGCUGUGGUCCAUGGUCUUGCGUACAGGAACAGGGCCAAGACUUGGCUGACGGAGGAUAUCCUCGAUGCUGUGGUGCUGGACGACGACGACGACAACAACAAUGGCCUGUCAUCAUCGUCCUCCUCAGGAUCAGCCAGGGGCGUGCUCAAGGCCCGUCUCGAGGGGUUUUCUGCCGCGCGCCUCCGUCCCUUGUUCAGUAGCCGCAGGUUAGGCCUCGCGACCAUCCUCGUCUGGUUCUGCUGGGCAACGAUCGGCAUGGGAUACCCUCUGUUCAACGCUUUUCUCCCACAGUACCUCUCUCACCACCAAGGAGACACAUCCUCCUCUUCCUCCACAAAAGAGGCUACAGCUACUACAAACCCAGCAGCAGUAGAGAUCUCACCCGAGACCUACCGUGACUACGCCAUUCUGAGCGUCGUUGGCGUACCAGGCAGCGUACUGGCCUACUUUGCAGUAGACAGCCCAUCCCCAUUCCUAGGCCGCAAGGGCACGCUCGCCCUCUCGACCUUGAUCUCGGCGGGAUUCCUGCUUCUAUUCGUCAGCUACGGCAAGACGGGAACAUCCCAGCUGGUCUUUUCAUGUGUCGAGGCGUUUAGCCAGAACAUCAUGUAUGGAGUGCUAUAUGCAUUUACUCCAGAGAUCUUCCCUGCCCCCGUACGAGGCGCAGGAACCGGCGUGGCGAGCUUUCUCAACAGAAUCACAGGCCUCAUCGCGCCCAUGCUCGCGGCCAGCAUCCCUGGUGACGGCACCACGACGCCCAUCUACCUGGCCGCGGCACUGAUCUUCGCGGCGUUUGUGGGUAUGGUCCUGAUUCCUAUCGAGACGAGAGGCCGACAGAGGCUGUAAUUGUAAAUGGUAUGGCAGUUUAUCAGCGUGUACAGUUGUGCAUGCAUGGUACACAAGGGCAGCAUAGCAUGGGCCACAAUCUUUGAGGCAUAUAUAUAUGUAUAUACACAAUGGGAGAAAAAAGAGAAGACAAGGCUGGGUUGGGGUGGGCUGAGAUUGCUCCCCAUGCUCUGGCAUCUACUUAC